UCUGACUUUUUUGGACUGUUUCGAGUUGUCUUUUAUUUGUGACACUUUUUCCGCUGUUCCGACUGUUUUUCCGGCGUUGUUGACUUGUCCUUUUUGUUGACUUUAACUUGUCCAUUUGACUGUUUUUUAAUUUUCUUUAAAACAGGCUGUCCUGACCUUACCAUAUGAAAGAUGUUUAUAACACCAGAGCAGAAAGGAGAAAGCCAUCAAAGGCAUCACUUAGCACGCUUGUAAAAGCUUAUCCUGUGCCGCCCACGACAUGCUUGUUUCUCAAGCAACCCGAGCGGAUGCUUUGACCUGGAGGCCUGCUUCGUUUGCCUCCGGGUGGCUGCCAUGUAGAUGCACUCUGUCGCGUGCAGGUAGAGAAGAUGUUCGUGUCUCUUGCAGGGCGAUUUCAAAAAGGCAAGUGCAACAGCGCGCGUUGCAGCGAGCUGCCUUGCCAGUGAUUUUUGUCUCAGCCGCUGUUGCAAAUCGAGUCUCCAACCGCGUUUUGCUGGCGCCACUGCUGAAACACACUUAUUUCCUGGCGCUGACCACGACCAUUGCGCAACUGGCAGCUUAUGUUGGCUGGCUCCAAUUGAGAUUACGAAAAGGACUAGUGAGCAGUUCGAUGUGGUCUUUUGCUAAGAGAAACCCUGCGCUCAUUGCUGCCUUUGGUUUGUGUGAGGGUGCUUUCUUUCCACUCGUCUUCUAUUCAGCUGCUCGAUUACCCGGAAGUUUGGUGCAAGUGUUGAACCAAACGUUGAUCCCGUCCACGGUUGUUCUGAGCAUUCUUUUCUUGAGAAAGCGCUAUGACGCGGUGCAGAUAAUUGGUGUGGUGGCUGCCUUAGCCGGCGUGGCUGUGUUCACAUCAUUCCCACAAAGCUCCGGAUCCUUUGCAAUUGUGACACUUUGCGUAGCCGCUUAUGGGCUUCAAGCAGCAGCAAUGGUUCUGAAGGAGGUGGUCUUGACGAGGUACAAAGUCUGUCAAGGCUGUGAAGAGCCAGAGAAUCUUCCUUUCGAUCCAGCCUUAUUUCUGGCUGCUGGGACAAGCAGCCGUUGUGUGGUCCAGAUUGUAGCAUGGCCUUUCUUCCAAAAGCUAACGCACGGCCUUGGCUUGAGGAGUUGUGUUCAAGCUGGCCUUCACGCAAUGCUUCAAAGAUCGGUGCUUCCGCUGACGCUUUUCUACAUUAUGGCCAAUGUUUCCCUCAGCAUCACAGCGCUGAUGCUUGUGCAACGAACAUCAGCUGCUGCGACAGUGUUGGCGAAUGUGGUGGCAUUGCCUCUUAGCGCUUUGCUUUUCUGCUUGCCACUACCCCUUCUGGAGCAGGAGGCAUUUCAUUGGCGAUUUGCUGUGAGCUUGCUGCUGAUUGUCCUGGGGAAUUUGCUCUAUAGCUACCACCUCCUGAGAAAGGGCCAAAAGGAAAGGGCUGGCGCGUGAGAAAAAGGUUUGCAGACAGGAUGUCAUAUUGAGCAGCUUCAGUUGGGAAUACGAUCAUGAAUCAUUGACAGUAAUGUCCGGUUCAUCCGAAGCAAGCGGCAGGGGCUGGCUGGG